AUGGCUAUGGUGAACAAAGGGAACUUUAACAAACAAUCUACUGGGCAACAAAUAAGGGAAAGGUAUUACUGCACCUUCUGUAAAAUUCCAGGACACUCUCUGGAGAGAUGCUUCAAAGCAAAUCCAAACAAGCCCACAUGUACUCACUGCCAAAUGUCGGGCCACACAGCAGACAAUUGUUUCAAACUGCAUCGAUACUCAACAGGAUAUAAGGGAGAAGGGAGGAACAAACCUGUCAUGAACCUGGCAAAUGCAAAUGCAGCAGUUGGUCUAGAGCAGGAGGUUUUGAAAGACAAAUCUCAAAUGUCACUGACUCAAAAGCAGUAUAAUCAACUUCUAGCCCUCCUGAAACCUGUCUCCAGCAACCAAGUCUUUACUCCCUCGGCUAAUCAUGUCCAUGCCAUGGUUACACCUUCAUUCUCAAAUGCAAAUACUCACAAAAUCUCUAGUAUAUCACUGUCCUUGCCCAAUGGUGAGAUUGUGCCUGUUACUCAUAUAGGAACAGUCAAGGUCACCAACAAUCUUACACUGCAUAAUGAUCUUUUGACUUGGACAAUGAUUGGGAUGGGUGAAGUAAGCUUUUCAGCCUUUGUCAGCGACAACAAUGAAUUUUUUGAUCUCUGGCACUAUAGAUUAGGUCACUCCUCUUACUCUCAAUUUGACACAGAUAGCAAAGUGUACUUGGACUUAUACACUGAAAUUGAAAUCAAAGGCAACAUCAAUUUACAAAACUUUUGUGUAAUGGUAGAAACUCAAUUUGAAACAAAAGUGAAAACCAUUCAGAGUGAUAAUGGAGACAAAGACAACCUUCCUGACAGAAAUCUCAGCAACACUGAUUCAUUGCCAAAUCCAAACAAACUAAGUUUUGCUCAGAACCCUGUUAUUUCCAUUCCCACUCCUGUUUUUAGCCACUCUAAAGACACUGUCAACCCCAAUAUCAUUUCAGAAGCAGAGCCAAUGCCUGUUGUAUCACUUGAUUCUCAAAACAAUGAACUGAUCAGUUAUCAAAAUGACUCCAGACCAGAAAUAGAAAUUCGUGACAACCUCCAUACACCCUUACCCCGCAAAUCAACCAGGAUAAGGAGAGCUCCUACUCAUUUGCAAAAUUACAUAUGUCAACAAUCAAGCUUUCUUCUCCCAUCUCAGGCUUUGGACAAGCAGAAAAAUCAAAUCUUACCAGGUAAGCCCUCUCCCCUAAGUGCCAGCAUAUCUUAUGAUAAGUUAUCUACACCACACAAGACCUUUGUGACCUCCAUAACCUCACACACUGAACCUAAAACUUACCUAGAAGCCAGCACAUCAUCCAACUGGGUUGAGGCCAUGAAAACUGAAAUUGCUGCUCUUGAACUCAAUGACACUUGGGUUAUUAUGGAUUUACCUCCUAACAAAGAACCAAUAGGCUGUAAAUGGGUUUACAAAAUCAAAUUUCUUGCUAAUGGUAGCAUAGAAAGAUACAAGGCCAGGCUUGUUGCUAAGGGGUACACACAGCAAGAGGGGUUGGAUUAUCAUGAAACUUUUUCUCCCGUGGCAAAAAUGGUUACUGUGAGAACCUUGUUAGCCAUUGCAGCAGUAAAAGGGUAG